CACAUACACUUGCCAGAAUAUGGCUUCUGUGACAAAGUUAAGUUCAUUAUUAAUACUGUCAGUACUUGCAGUGCUGACAGUAAAUGGCCAGUACCAGCCCACAUGGGAAUCUCUCGAUGCCAGACCACUCCCUGCAUGGUACGAUGAUGCCAAGUUUGGUAUCUUCAUCCACUGGGGAGUGUUCUCAGUACCAAGUAUUGGCAAUGAGUGGUUUUGGUACCUAUGGCAAAAGCAGAAGUUGCCAGAAGUUGUUGACUAUAUGAAAAAUAACUUUCGUCCUGAUUGGACAUAUGCCGACUUUGCGCCAAUGUACACUGCUGAAUUCUUUGAUGCGGAUGAAUGGGCUAGAAUUCUGGAAUCUUCUGGCGCCAAGUACAUAGUGUUCGUCAGUAAACACUGCGAGGGUUUCUGUCACUGGCCUACAAAUGUGUCCUUCAGCUGGAACUCAAUGGUUGCUGGACCAAAGAGGAAUAUUGUUGGAGAACUGGAGAAAUCAAUCCGUGGCAAGACCGACUUGAAGUUUGGCUUGUACCAUGUGCUGUACGAGUGGUUCCACCCUCUCUAUGUACAAGACAAAGCAAACAACUUCACAACUCGGAGAUUCGUUGAUUUCAAGAUCACCCCUGCCCUGUAUGAGCUUGUCAACACCUACAAGCCUGACAUUGUGUGGUCUGAUGGAGACGAAGAAGCCUCUGCCUCCUACUGGGGCUCCCGCGAGUUCCUGGCUUGGCUCUACAACGACAGCCCAGUCAAGGAUGUUGUGGUGACCAAUGACCGGUGGUGCACUGACUGCAAGUGUAAUCAUGGAGGUGUCUACACAUGUGGUGACAGGUACAACCCUGGUGUUCUGCAGAAGCACAAGUGGGUGAAUGCCAUGACAAUAGACAAACAGUCGUGGGGGUUCCGACGUAACGCUCCCCUGUCAGACUACCUGACCAUAGAGGAGCUCAUCGAGACUCUAGCUAAAACAGUCAGCUGUAAUGGCAACCUGCUGAUGAACAUUGGACCGACUCACUACGGGGUAAUCAGCCCCAUCUUUGAGGAGAGACUGAGGCAGAUGGGGCAGUGGCUCAAGGUCAAUGGUGAAGGCAUCUACAAAACAAGACCCUGGACCUACCAGAACGAAACAAGUCCUCCGGAAUUAUGGUAUACAUCAAAGAAGUCUGACGAAGGUACUGACGUCUAUGCCAUCAUCCUUAGCUGGCCGACUGAAGGUGUCAUCACCCUUCGCCGACCAUUGCCUGACCCAGCCAAGACCGUAGUCACUCUUUUGGGGUACACUUCUGGAUCAUUUGAAUGGACCAGUGCUGGUCCCACUGGGGGGAUUAACAUCACUAUUCCAGUCAUACCUGCCAACAGGAUGCCGUGUAAGUGGGCAUGGGUGUUCAAGAUGAGCAAUGUUAAAAACUGAACCAGCCAAUGAAA